UUAUGCAAUUUGGGUCUCUAAAAAUACAGCUGAUGUUUAUAGGGUUUAAAUGAUUGAGGGAAUUGAUUUCAAGUUGAUAGCUGGCAGGCAGUCAAUCCGCGUUUAAUCUCCGCGUUGGUUUUUCCUAUUUUUCCUGAUUUCUUCAUUCUUGUUCUUGUUCUUUUUCCUGCUACAAUUGUCGGCUCCCCAGUUGUAACCAGAUCUGCAUUUUGUUUUCAACCAAAUCAGCACUUUGCUUGAUGCUCGAAUCUUCAAAUUUCAUAUAAAUUCUUUUCGUUUCAUUAGGUUUUUGCUGUCAGAUUUGUUUUAUUUACAGUUUUUUCCAUGUGGGUUUGAUCUUAUCUCAACAUUCCCAUUUCUUUACGAUUUUCGUGUUCUUGUGACCCAAGAGGUGCAUUUUAGGGGAUCAUUGAAGCAGGUUUGAUUGGGAAUUUUGAAUGUGAUGAUCAGAAGUUGAAAAUUUGGGGGAUUUCUGUAAAAAUUGUAAUCUGGGAACAAGGGUUUUUGGUAAAUAUGGGAUCAAUGGCAGAGAAUCAUCAAAAUCACCCUGAUCUUGUUUCUCUAUCUGCACUGAUGAGUAGAGAAUUGAAAAGUGAAAAGAUGGAGAAACCAAGUGUUAGAUAUGGGUCUGCAGCUCAAUCCAGAAAAGGUGAAGAUUAUUUCAUGAUGAAGACAGAUUGCCAGAGAGUUCUUGGGAAUCCUGCUUCAACCUUUUCUGUUUUUGGGAUUUUUGAUGGUCACAAUGGGGACGCUGCCGCAAUAUAUUCACGGGAUAAUCUUUUAAAUCAUGUUUUGGAUGCCAUACCUUCUGGUCUUCGACGUGACGAAUGGCUUCAGGCGUUACCUAGAGCGUUGGUGGCUGGUUUCGUCAAGACUGAUAAGCAGUUCCAAAGCAAAGGUCUUACAUCGGGAACAACUGCCACCUUCGUAAUUAUUGAUAGAUGGACUGUGACAGUUGCUUCAGUUGGAGACUCUCGCUGCAUUCUUGAUACACCGGGUGGACCUGUAUCUGUUUUGACUGUUGACCAUAGGCUUGAAGAAAACACCGAGGAAAGGGAUCGUGUAACGGCCAGCGGAGGGGAAGUGGGGAGGCUGAACGUUGUUGGUGGCCCUGAGAUUGGACCACUUCGCUGCUGGCCAGGAGGGUUAUGUCUUUCUCGAUCUAUCGGUGACAUGGAUGUUGGCGAGUUUAUCGUUCCAAUACCACACGUGAAGCAAGUGAAGCUUUGUAAUGCUGGUGGAAGGCUGAUCAUUGCUUCUGAUGGCAUUUGGGAUUCUUUGUCGUCUGAGAUUGCCGCUGAAUCUUGCCGUCGUUUGCCUUCUGAACUUGCUGCUAGGCAAGUAGUGAAGGAAGCACUAAGAACAAGGGGACUGAAAGAUGAUACAACCUGCAUAGUUGUCGACAUAAUUCCGCCAAAUAAUUCAAUACCGCCUCCUUCUCCGCCUCGGAAAACUCAGAGCAAGCUACGAUCGUUGUUGUUCAGAACCAAGCUCCAUGGUUCGGCUAGUAAAUUGUCGAAGAAACUCUCUGCCGUAGGCAUCGUAGAGGAACUCUUUGAAGAAGGUUCAGCAAUGCUUGCAGAAAGAUUGGGGAAUGACGACACUCGUGGUCUAUCCACAUCCGGACUCUUCACGUGUGCCGUGUGUCAAGUUGACCUAGCUGCAAGUGAAGGUACACCGGUUCAUGCAAGUCCCAUAUUCUCCGCAAACUCUAAACCCUGGCACGGUCCUUUUCUUUGUGUCGGUUGUCGUGAUAAAAAAGACGCGAUGGAAGGAAAACGACCAAGUGGAAUCAAAGUAAUUUAAUCCCGAGUUCUUUUUACGCGAAAAUUCUUUGGUUUUUUCAUUGCUCCGAAAUUCGGUAGGCCGUUAUAAGUUCAAAAAUCAACAAUAAUGUUACAAUGAGUUCAGAAAUCACUAAUUCCAUGCAUUUUAUAGUGCUAACUUGAAACAUCAAGUAUUCUUGUGUAAUAUAUAAGGUUUAUUCGUCUAA